CAGGAACAGGAUGAGGAUGGAAAUGGGGGAUCCCAGGAACAGGAUGAGGAUGGAAAGGGGGGUCCUUAGGAAUGGGGAGGGCAGAGGGAACCCCAAACUCCGCUGCAGUUUGGGGCUCACAAGCACUCAGAGUCCACACAUCCCUGUUUUCCCCCCUCUUCCCAACCCAUCCGUGUGCCGGGAAGGUGAAGGAGCAGCUGGAGCCCCCCAGAAUUGGGUGAAAAAAGGGGGAAAAGGGUGAAAAGGCAGCGGAGGAGCUGGUGGCCAUGGGGGACAGCGGGGUCCCCUCGGCGUGUCCCCAGCAGGAUCGGGAUGUGGCGCUCCCGGAAUGCGGCGAUGGUGGAGCCGAGACCCUGCGGAAUUCCUCGGCUGCUUCCAUGGAUUCCCAGAACACCGAGCCCCCGGCCCUGGAUGGUUUCCCCCUGAAACAUUCCAACACCUUGACCAACAGACAGAGAGGCAACGAGGUGUCAGCGCUGCCGGCCACGCUGGACACGCUGUCCAUCCACCAGCUGGCUGCCCAAGGGGAGCUCAUCCAGCUGAAGGAGCACCUGAGGAAAGGUGAGAAUCUGGUGAACAAACCCGACGAGAGAGGCUUCACCCCCCUGAUCUGGGCUGCAGCUUUCGGGGAGAUCGAGACCGUCCGGCACCUCCUGGAAUGGGGCGCUGACCCUCACGCGCUGGCCAAGGAGAGGGAGAGCGCGCUGGCCCUGGCCAGCAUGGGCGGCUACACCGACAUUGUCACCAUGCUGCUGGACAGGGACGUGGACAUCAACACCUACGACUGGAACGGGGGCACCCCCCUGCUCUACGCCGUGCGCGGGAACCACGUCAAGUGCGUGGAGGCUCUGCUGGCCUGCGGCGCUGACCUGACGGAGGAGGCGGAUUCGGGGUACACCCCCAUGGACCUGGCCGUGGCUCUGGGACACAAGAAAGUCCAGCAGGUGAUGGAGAACCACAUCCUGAAGCUGUUCCAGAACAAGAAGAAGAAGAAAUGAAAAAAAAAAAAAGAAAAAAUGAAAAAGAAAUCACCACGGCCUCAUCCCGACCAGGAGAAAUCCGGGAAUUUCUGCCCUCGGUGCGUGGCGGCCAUGCCUGAAAUCCAGGGACACUCAUUCCAGCCCCGGCUGCUCUGUGUUUGCCAUUGGAAGCAAACUCUUAAUUGGAAUUAAAUUU